UUGCUUAGUGGAAACUGGGUUCAUUUCUAAUUAGUUCGUGCCCUCCUCAGUAGCAGAUUUGCUUUGAAGCUACAUCAGUUCGUAUUUGACAACAAGAGAUAAUGGCGUUUUGUGGUGCUGAUAGUAUCGAUACUGAGCAUGUCCGACAUUUAAAGAAAAUGAGAGCCAAUGCAAAACGAGAGCUUACGAAAGUUCUGAAUCGUGUUGCUGAUUGCUUGACUACUGAACAAACCGUAGACGAUGUGAGAGUUGCCGAAGCCAGGCUCAACGAAACUUUCGAUCAUUUCAAAGUGGCAUGUCAAGAAUACAAAGCUGUAAUGGUUGACGAAGAUGAUAUUGAAGAAUGCCUCGCGUACACACACGAAGCUGAAAGACGAUAUUAUGAUAUCAAGGAAAGAGUAUCGUUGUUAACACAACCCCUUUCUACAUCAACAGAGAUGCUGAAGGCUGAAAUCAGUCCCGAAGACUCGGUGAGCGAAAUUAUUUCUCAUUCUUGCGUCACUUCAAUGUGUUCUAAGAACUCAAAGAAAUCGAGCAGAUCUACCCUUCAGGAUAUGAUGUUGAAGAAUGCUGUAACAAAGGCAUCCUUGCUUGCAGAGGCGUCAACAUUUGAAGAGUGUCAAAACAUUGCUCAUGAAGAACUACGAUUAAGUCAAAGAAAGAAGAGGCUGGCGCUAGACAUGAAACUUGCAAAAAUCGAGGCUGAAGAAAAAGUUUACACAGGUUUCGCCAUGGCAACCGGAUCACAAGACGAGGCGUAUGGUCAAUUACCAAGAGACGUGGGAUCUAAGAACACGUGUCAGCAAAUUAGAGGCGAGUUAAGAAAAAGUCAAAAUAUGGAAUUCGGCUCACAAGUACAAAGGAAGCCAACAAAAACAGGAAUCAUAGGUGAGCAAACAUUUAAACAAUUUUCAGAAUUUGGCUAUCCCCAACAAGAACGUCAGUUGAACCCACAUGCUCCACCUUGGAAGUCACCCCUGCAACAAGAUUUUACUGAUGAAACAUGUGCCAACCCGACAUUAAAUGGCGAAGAUUACCUUGAGACAAUGAAGAAAUUAGCAGUUGCUGCACUUUUACCAAAAUCUGAAAUCAGUAUGUUCGAUGGCAACCCCUUGAAGUAUUUUCUUUUCAUACGAUCUUUUCAGAAUAAUGUUGAGAAUGACACUUGUGAUUUUAGCAAACGGUUGCAGCUUUUAGUUCAGUUUUGUACAGGCAAAGCAAGAAGAGCAAUAGAAGGAUGUAUUCUUCUCGAACCUCGGGAUGGAUACUUGAAGGCAAAACAAAUCUUGGCUGAACGCUUUGGUGAUGCAUAUACUGUAUCAGACUCGUGGUUAAAGAAAGUAUCCUGUGGUCCUGUGAUAAAGCCUGGUGACAGAGAAGGCUUGCAAGAAUUAGCAGAUGACCUCGAGAACUGCGAGAUGACUCUGAAGGCUGCAGGCAGAUUGACACAGCUAAACAAUGAAGACCGAUUGGUGAAAGUCCUAGAGCGAUGUCCAAACUUUGUGAAGUCCCGUUGGCAAUCUCGUGUCCAGGAGAUCAGAUCGUAUCAUAGAGAGCCUACAGUUGAAGAUGUACGGUGCUUGAUCAGAACAAUAUCAAAGGAAAAGAACGACCCCGUUUUUGGUGCUAUCAUGGACAAUGUUAACAGGGAACAGUCAUCACGAAAUGACAAGAACAGAAGAUCAAAUGCGACAUAUCCGCAGCGAAGCUUGAAUUACAGUAUUCAGACUUAUGACAAGAAGCCAAAUGUCACUUCACCAGAUGUGCGAUGUUAUUUCUGUGAGAGAAACCAUAAAUUGGCAAGUUGCGUGGAAUUCAAGAAGAAAUCUGGUGAGGAACAGUUUAAUUUCAUUCGUUCAAAGAAGCUCUGUGAUAAUUGUCUAUCAUCAUUUCACUUCUCCGCUGGUUGCAAACAAAGAAAAGCCUGUACAGUGCCAGAAUGUAAUCUACGACGCAAACAUUUGACAGGAAUACAUGACUCUGUGGUGGCAUACGAGAAACGGCGUAAGGAUGAAAGCGGAAAAUAUGCAGAUAACGAAGCUCGCAGAAGAGAUUCGAGUCCAGACAAUGAUAAGUUUGUUGGAGUAACACGAUGUAACGAUCAAGAAGGCGACAACAUUGGAUUACCAAUAGUUCCAUUAAUAGUAAAAGGGACAGGAAGUGACAAAUUAUUUAAGACAUAUGCACUCCUUGACAGUGGAUCUACUGCCUCAUUUUGUAGUGAAGCCCUCUUGGAUAAACUUGGUGUGACUGGAAGAAAGUGUGAAUUGUCAGUCGCUACGAUCAAUGGUUCAAAAACAUAUUGUCAGACGUCAGUUGUUAGUUUGGAAGUGAUGGAUCUUGAGGAAACAAAGCACCUUCAGAUGCCUAAUGUAUUUUCUACAAAAAUGUUGAAUAUUCCAACAUCAGCUUUGGCUUGUCAAGAAGAUGUCAAAAGAUGGCCGCACUUAGAAGGGAUAACGUUACCCGGUACUAUUAACGAUGGUGUAGUGAGUUUGCUGAUUGGCAUGGAUGUACCAAAUGCUUUGCAGCCACUAGAGGUGCAAAAAAGUGAAAAUGGUGGUCCGUAUGCAGUAAAGACAAUGUUUGGUUGGACAUUUAAUGGACCCAUUGGUGUUUCUUCCAAACAAGGUAAUCAUUGCUUUCAUUCCAAUACUGUUUCCUCUGAUAAUCAUCUUUAUGAUCAGUUGAAGAAGUACUUCAAUCAAGAGUUUGAAGAGUCAAUUGUUGAUAACAAGAAAAUGAUGUCUGUAGAAGAUUCCAGAGCUCUUGCUGUAUUUGAGAAUUCUGUAUGUUUACACGAAGGCCAUUACCAUAUUGCAAUUCCGUGGAAGCACAAUCCUCCAAAUCUACCAAAUAAUCGACCAAUGGCACAGAAAAGGCUGGAAUACUUGAGAUGUCGGCUGGAAAGAGAUCCAGAUCUAAAACAGCGAUAUAGCAAUUUCAUUGACGAUUUACUUGAAAAGGAUUACGCCAGACAAGUUCCAGAAGCAGAAAUAGAAGUGAGCAACGGCAAAUUAUGGUACCUGCCACACCAUAGCGUGAAGCAUGCGAAGAAACCAGACAAAGUCAGAAUUGUGUUCGACUGUGCUGCAAAGUACAAGAAUGUUUCUUUGAAUGAAAAUGUUCUUCAAGGUCCUGACUUGACAAACUCACUCAUUGGUGUCUUAUGCAGAUUUAGAGGUGAACCCAUUGCCCUCAUGGCGGACGUUGAAGCAAUGUUUCAUCAAGUACGUGUGACUUCUGAUGACGUUAGUGCAUUGAGAUUUCUAUGGUAUCCACGAGGCAAUUUGAAGAUGGAACCUGUGGAAUAUCAGAUGAUGGUACACAUAUUUGGAGGGGUAUGGUCUCCAAGCUGUGCGACGUUUGCCUUGCGAAGAGUUGCUGAAGAUAACUCCAGAUUUUACAACGAUGAAGUGAUUCAGACAGUGCAACGAAACUUUUAUGUGGAUGAUCUUCUCAAAGCUACAAAGGAUGCAAAUAAAGCAAUCAUAAUGCAAAAACAGCUCACCGAUUUGCUGGCGAGAGGAGGAUUCCAUCUGACAAAAUGGAUGAGCAACUGUCGAGAGGUCAUAGAUGCAAUACCAGAAAAUGAAAGAUCAAAGGAACUAAAAAAUGUUCAUCUCGAGGCUGACAAGCUCCCGACUGAAAGAGCUCUUGGGUUGCAGUGGAAUGUAGAAACAGAUGCUUUCACAUUUAAUAUCAGUAUGAAAGAUAAAUCAAGAACCAGAAGAGGAAUGUUAAGUAUUAUUACAUCUGUUUAUGAUCCACUUGGGUUUAUUUCGCCAUUCAUCUUGACAGCAAAGACAAUUCUUCAGCGUUUAUGCAUGGAAAAUGUAGGCUGGGACGAGCAAGUAACUGGUCGCAAUCUCGAGGAAUGGCAAAAUUGGUUGCAAGAUCUAACAAAAUUGGAGCGCAUUGAAGUGAAAAGAUGUUAUUCAAAUUCAGGAAUCAGCAAUUCAGUCAAAAAUCAGCUGCAUCAUUUCAGUGAUGCCUCCGAAAUUGGAUAUGGAGUGGCAACGUACCUGCGAUCUGUAAACAAAGAUGGUGAAGUUUCGUGUUCAUUUGUUAUUGCGAAGUCAAGACUAACCCCCCUGAAACGAAUUACAAUCCCAAGGCUAGAGCUGACUGCUGCAACACUUUCUGUAAAGUUGGAUAGCAUGCUCAAACGUGAAUUGGACAUGAAACUAGGUGAGUCGGUAUUUUGGACAGAUAGCACUGCUGUAUUACGCUAUAUAGCGAAUGAAAGCAGAAGAUUUCAUACAUAUGUUGGGAACAGAAUUGCAGUGAUACACGAUGGGUCCAGUCCAUCUCAAUGGCGAUAUGUUGAUACAAGUUUAAAUCCAGCAGAUGAUGCAUCCAGAGGUCUCAGUGCUGACGGUUUAAUAAAUAGUCGUACAUGGUUAUAUGGCCCAAAAUUUCUGCAAAAGGAAGAGAAUGAGUGGCCAAAGGGCGUGUUUAUUGAAGAUUUGACUGAAGAUGACGUCGAAGUCAGAAAGGUUGUACUAACAAAUUCAGUGCAAAUCAACUCAUCAAAAGGUAUGACAAAUCAGAUUUUCUUGAAGUUCUCUGAUUGGACCAUUCUAAAGAAAUCUGUAGCUUGGUUAUUGAGAUAUAAGAACUGGUUACUGCAGAACAUUAGAAGUAUCAAUGAGACACAAAGUGGAAUCAAGAGUUACAGACUGAGUACAGAAGAGUUGCGUGACGCCGAAUGUGCAAUAGUGAAAUGUGUACAAAAUGAAUGUUUUACUGAAGACUUGAAGUUACUGCAGUCACCCCAGAAAUCAGUAAGAAGAUCAAGUUCGCUUCGCAGAUUAGAUCCAGUCAUAAUUAAUGGUGUUAUGAGUGUAGGUGGCCGACUUAGCAAUGCUCCGUUUAACAGUUAUGAAGCAAAGCAUCAGAUUAUUCUUCCCAAGCAACAUCAUGUAAGUGAUCUUAUUAUACGACAUUUUCACCUGCGAUCUGGACAUUUUGGUCAAGAGUAUGUCCUUGCCUGUAUACGCGAAAGAUUUUGGAUCAUUCAGGCAAGGAUAUCAGUGCGACGAAUAAUUAGAGGUUGUUUUGAUUGCAAACGUCGAUGCGGAAAUUUGGGAAAGCAGAAAAUGGCUGAUUUGCCAGAAGAUAGAGUGACACCAGAUAAACCACCUUUUUCAUUCGUUGGAAUAGACUGUUUUGGUCCCUACCUGGUCAAAAGAGGAAGGUGCAUGGUAAAGAGGUAUGGAGUUAUAUUCACUUGUCUCACUAUAAGAGCAAUUCACAUCGAAAUUGUUUUCAGUAUGGAUACAGAUUCAUUUAUAAAUGCUUUACGAAGGUUCAUUUCAAGACGAGGACGUCCCGAGCAAAUAAGGUGUGACAAUGGCCCAAACUUCAGAAGUGGUGAAAGAGAACUCAGAACUGCAAUUCAACAAUGGAAUCAGAACCAGGUGCACAAAUUUCUUCUUCAGAAAGACAUCAAGUGGAUAUUCAACCCUCCAACAGCUUCGCAUAUGGGUGGUGUAUGGGAACGAGCAAUAAGAUCAGUGAGGCGUGUUUUGAAUGCGAUUUUGAGAAAUCAGACGGUCGACGAUGAAGGUUUGCAUACACUUCUAUGUGAAGUUGAAGCGAUACUUAAUGCGAGACCACUCACCAAGGUAUCAGAUGAUCCUCAGGAUUUGAAUGCAAUCACACCAAAUCAUUUGCUGCUUCUAAGAUCUAGCCAACAAUUUCCUCCUGGUGUUUUCAAAGGUAAAGAGCAUUACAGUACCAGACGAUGGAAGCAGGUCCAAUACAUGACUGACAUAUUUUGGAGACGAUGGACAAAGGAAUACUUACCUACACUGCAAACAAGACAGAAAUGGCAUUCAAUUGAGCGUAACCUAAAGGAAAAUGAUUUGGUAGUGGUUAUGGAUCAAUCACAGCAUAGAAAUCAGUGGCCUUUAGGGAGGAUAGUUGAAAUCUAUGCUGGGAGAGAUGGCCUGGUGAGAUCAGCAAAGGUGAAGACAUUGAAUUCGGAAUUUCGAAGACCUAUAACAAAACUGUGUUUGUUGGAGGCAUCUGUCGAAGAUUCAGGAUCAAUGGCAGAAAUAAAACAGUCUCUAUAA